AUGGUUCGUUGCGGUGCUGUCGCGGGCCUACUGGCCCUUGUCUCUUCCGUUGAGGCAAUUCAGAGACACCCCUUGCCAAUUAGCGAACUUGCGAAGCAGGUCCAACGUAGAGACGCGUACGUCGGUCUCAGCGCCAGAGAGCUUGACCUCCAAGCCAUUUAUCCCGAGUACAAUCUCUCGACCCCGAUUGACCAUUUCCACAACGAUUCCUCUUACGAGCCGCACUCCAAUGGCACGUUCAAUUUGCGGUACUGGUUCGACACGCAAUACUAUAAGCCAGGGGGUCCGGUGAUUGUGCUCUCGGGAGGAGAGACGGAUGGAGCUGAUCGCCUACCCUUUCUGCAGAAAGGCAUCGUUUACCAGCUUGCGAAAGCGACCGGCGGAGUAGGGGUCAUUCUCGAACAUAGAUACUAUGGGAAAAGCAUUCCCGUACCGGACUUCAGCACCGAGAACCUGCGCUUCCUUACUACCGACCAGGCCCUGGCUGAUACUGCUUACUUUGCUAAGAAUGUCAAAUUCGCCGGCUUGGAGAACGUGGAUCUGAGUCCUGAGAAGACACCUUGGAUUGCCUACGGCGGCAGUUAUGCCGGUGCUUUUGUCGCGUUCUUGCGAGUCGUAUACCCGGAUGUCUAUUAUGGCACUAUCUCGUCGUCUGGCGUCCCCCAGGCUAUUUGGGAUUACUGGCAAUAUUUCGAGGCUGCCGCUGUUUAUGGGCCGCCGGCAUGCGUCGAAACCACCCAAAAGCUAACGCAUAUUGUGGACAAUAUACUUAUUGGUAAAAAGGGCUCUGACUAUGUUGGGCAGCUUAAAGCAGCUUUUGGUCUACCCAAUGUAACGCGCGACGGCGACUUCGCCAGUGCUAUCAAUGGCGGCAUCUAUGGGCUGCAGAGUCUAAACUGGGAUCCUUCGCAGAGCAGCGAUAGUUUCUUUGUCUACUGCGACAAGGUCUCAUCGGAUGACGUGCUGUAUCCUGCAACAGAAACACGCAGGGCAUCUGUUGAAGAGUUGAUUAAAAUCGGCGGCUACGAAGACGAGGUAGAAACUCUUGCAAACCGAUUCUUGAAUUACGUUGGCUACGUGAACCAAACUUCAGUUGCAAGAUGUUCCGGUGACCAGGAUGCAUGCUUCACUACUUACGACCCGGAAUUUUACGCUCGUGAUGAUCUUUCCCAAACCUGGAGGUUAUGGCAAUACCAAGUUUGCACUCAAUGGGGUUAUCUUCAAACCGGAAGUGGUGUCCCUGAGGACCAACUCCCUCUUAUCUCACGUACCAUUGACGUGGACUACUCGGCUCUGAUUUGCCGAGAGGCUUUCAAUUUGACUAAGCCAGCCGACGUGGAGUACAUCAAUAAGCUCGGCGGAUUCAACAUCAGCUAUCCCAGACUUGCUUUCAUCGAUGGCGAGUGGGAUCCGUGGAGAGCGGCAGGUGUUCAUGCCAUUGGUCUUCCCGAACGACCCAACACGCUAGACGAGCCCUAUAUCCUAAUCGAUCGGGCGGUCCACCACUGGGAUGAGAACGGCCUAUUCCCUAACGAAACGACAGCGGACCUACCGCCAGCGCCGGUUGCGGACGCCCAGAAGCAGAUCGCGACAUUUGUGCAGAAAUGGGUGCAAGAAUUCAAGGGUAAAUACUAG